UCUUUAUUUAUUUCAGUAGUUAGAUUGAAAUAAAAACUAAAAUGAAUAAAUAACAUUACUUCGGAAAAGGAUUUUUACUGGACUUGAUCAUAGUAUUCGACUUCUACAUGUAUUGUCGUUUUCGAGUACAUUCCAAAGCUGUGGAGACUACGACGAAUGCUUGUUAUCAUAAGUCAUGUGUUACGAGUUGAUUCCUUUCCUACAUUUAUUAAGAAUGGUUUCAACUUCAUACUUGUUGGUCAUGUUGUUGGCAGUUUCUGAUAUCUUUUGAGUAUUCAUGUAUGUCAAUAUUUUCAUAAUUUAUAAUUUUUUAACUUUCAUAUAUAGUCCUCUUUUCUGACACUUAAAUUACUUAGGUUGUUCUAACUUAAGUAAUUAUUAAAUUUAUUCAAAUAAAUAUUGUUUGUGUUGGCUAGUAUUGACUUAAUAAAUUAAGAAUUCGUAUGUUAUGCUAUGUAAAUACUCAAAUUUUAAUCAUAAAAAUAAUAAUUUACCUUUUAUAUAAAUAUUAUGACAGUGUAUGAAAUUCAAAAAUGUGUUAAUUCAAUUUAUAUAUAUUCUAUUUCUUUGAUAUAUAGUUGAAUACAAAAUAAAUAAAAUAUAGUUAUAAAACAGUUUCAGAAGUGUCACAAACACAUUACACACUGAACUUGAAAGCAUAAACAUAAAUAAUUAGAUUCAAUAAUUUCAAAUCCAUAGAUACUCUGGUUAACAUUAGAAAAUUUCAAAUCGAUAGAUACAUUCACACUAUAUUUUGAACUAUUUUUUUUUGUUCAGCUCAUUACAUGUAACCAUUGCACUAUAGAGGUUAAUGAUUUUUUUUUUUUUUAAUUUCCUCAAUAAAAUUGUUGCCUUGGACUAUAUGAUUAUUGAGAUUUUUUAUCUUUAAAUGAACAUGUUUCUUUUCAUAACAAGAAUUUUCUAACUUACAGUAAUUUAUUGACAAUAAUAGUGUCUCUUUGUGUUGGCAUCCAUCACGAAAUAGGAUUUUGUUUUUUUCGUUUUUAUACAUUUCUUCGCAUAAAAUAAAAAAUUUAACAUGUUCAUGCAACUAUACGGAACUAACAAGAAAAAACAAAAAAUAAUUGAAUAUUAUUUUUCAAUAUUCCUCUUGAACUGUUUUACAAUCCUACGAUACAACACAACAAUAGAAUAUUUUUAAACAAAAUCAUUAAGAAAUAUGAAUAAAACUAUUAUAUUAUUUUAAACUAAAUCAUUAAGCAUUAUGAAUAAAACUUAUCAUAACUAAAAAGACAAAUUUAACUCACAACAAAUAUAUACAGCAUGUGUUUUUGGAUAAACAUAUCACACAACUAACCAUAUUAUAAAUUACAAAGAUCAUUGAAUAUUGAACUAAUUUCUUUGAUAUCAAAAUUUUCUUUAACUAGUUUUCUUUUAAUUUUAUUGUGAUUGAAUACCUAAUAUUAUUAAAUAAAUUAUUUUCUGAUGAUUGAAUAUGAGACCUGGGUUGAUCAAGUGUGGAAGUGUCUCACAAUGGUUCAUUUAAAUAGUUAUCUAAAAAUGGUGUGUCCAAUUAAAAUGAAUUAUCAUUGUGAUUAUCAUUACUUUCUCUUAUGUGUCAACUUAAUGUUUGAGAUAAAAAAUAAUUAGAUAGAUUGAGUAAUUUCAAAUCCACAUAUAUUAUGGUUUACCUUUGCAAAUUUUAAACCGAUAGAUACUAUCAUUCACACUAUUUUCAACUAUGUUUCCGUUUGUCAUUAUGUUCAUCCAUUGGGCAAAUCAAAAAUUUACUAGAGGAACAUGACUAGUUGUUGAUUUUUUUAAUAUAUUGUUAAAAGUUAUUGCAAGGAAAUUUUCAUCUUAAAUGAACAUAUUUCUUUAUUAACGUAUGAACAUGUUUCUUGUAAAAUCAGAUUUCCAGCUAAAAAUAAUCAUGAUGUAAGAAAUUGAAUCUAUUGUUUCAGUUUGAAUAACUAGGAUGAAUCUAUUCCAAUUAUUCCAUGAAGAUUUUAGUAAUUUCUUCAGUUUACGAAGACAAGCUUUCUUUUGUCUAGUUUUUAUCAUCUUUAUUUGUUCUUUGUUUCUGAUAUGUUAUAGUUUUUGAUAUUACAUAUUUUUUAUCAUAAUUUAUUUUUAAAUUUACAUAUUUAUUUUGAAACACAACUAGUUUAUGACAGAUAAUUAAUGGUUUAUGUUUCAAGUUUCAUUUUCUUUUCAUUUUAUAUCUUUAAUAAGAAAACACAAACUAUUUAUUACGAUUUAUCAUGAUUUAUUGUUUCACGUUUUAUUCAAUACAAAAUAAUUUCAAUUAAAAUGUGUCUGUAAAUAUUAUUGUAUUGUGAAAUCAAAAAUACAAUUAGUUUUAUCCAUUUAUCUAUACUAUUAUUUGCGAAGUGAUUUUUUGCAAUGAAGCUCCCAUGUUAAAAGUUAGUCGUUGUUACCAUUCAUGAAUAUUUAUGUAUAUUUUAAAAAUUAUUAUAUGAACUUUUAUUGUAAAACUUUUUUUUUUAUAAUACGAAAAAUCACUUCGCAAAUAGUAGUAUCUAUUAAGAUUUACAUAGUUAUUUUAAAAACACAAGUGGUUUCUGACAGUUAAUUAAUGAUUUAUCUUUCAAGUUUCAUUUGCUUUUUAUUUUAUAUCUUUAAUAUGAAAAACACAAACAACUUAUUAUGAGUUAUCAUGAUUAUUUGUUUCAUGUUUCAUCCAAUACAAACUUAAUUCUAGUUAAAAUUUGUAUGUAAAUACUGUAUUAUGAAAUCAAUACCAUUAGUUUUAUCCAUCGAUAAAUAAUAUUACAUGCAGCGUUUCACGAAACAAAACUUACUUUUAUAAUUUCGCAUUCGAUUCUGCAUUUGUUUAGCUAUCGCGUAAGAAAAGAUAUGAUAAUGCCUAUACAAAACAUGUUAAAAAUCACGAACAAACUAAGUAACAUUUAGAUCCUCUUCUUUUUUCCAUAGUUUUUUCUUUGUCACUGCAUCCACUAGUAUCUGAAUAUUUUCAAUGAUUUUUUUUCUAGUUUUACCCAUUUAUUUGACAUUUAGUGUUUUGUGAUUUUUAUUUAUGUAUUUCUUUGAUAGUAGGUUUAUCUUCUUCAUUUUAUUAUAUAAUUUUAUCAAAUUUAUUAUAUUUAUGUAUGUCAGAACCUCAAAAACAUUGCAAAAUAUGUCAAGACGAAACAUAAAUUUAAAAGUAUAAUUCUCAAGAUAUUCUGUAUACUGUAUGUUUAUACCAAAAAAUGAUAUGUUUACUUCUACUCAAUAUAUUAUCAAUGGUCAAUUUAUUAAAAUAAUGAUUUUCUUCUAUUUAUAUAUAUUUUUUAAAAAUAUUUAUACUGAAGUUAAUUAAUAGUUAAUUUUUCUAAAAAGAUGAUAACCAAAUUCUCUUGAAAAAUUCAAACAAUUCAAAUAAAAUUAGAUUAAAAUUUAGUCGUGCAGUUAUUUAUGAUACAAAUAAUCUGAGCCCAAAAAACUUAAUCCAAAACAAACAAAAAAAUCUUACUUAAAACCUGAUUGAGCCAUCCCUUAUUAUUUUAUUAUGAUACCGUUUAAACUCAUUGCUAUAUCUGAUCGUCUUCAAAUCAAUCAUUAAAUUAUCGGAUUAGUAUAAUUAUAGUAUGACUUUUUGACUGGUGACCUAAUCUACGUGCUGUAGUGCGGAUGCAAGGUUAUCCUGCACAUGGCUCCCUCGCUACCUUAACCCUUAAGUACUUUGCGCUGAGUUUAUGCGACUAUAUUAUUUCCAUUUUUUCUGUUAUUUUCUCUGCUUUCUAUCAUUUUCAUCGUGUUUAGUGCUUCAAAAUCAUACUGCGACUUAGCUUUACAAAUAUAUUAUAUAAUCAUUUAAUAAUCAUAUGUUUAAUUUUUUUUUGAAACUAAUCAUAUGUUUAAUUUACAUUUACAAUGAAACCAAAUUAACCACUAUUUCUAUUUUGGAUACGUAUGCGUCACUUUUAUGUAUUAGCUAGGGGAAAGCUAGCUAGAUUUUAAUCGUAGUAGAUUCUCCUAUCAUAAACCAAAUGUUAAAAAAGCAAACUAAAAAAUGCAUGUGGUAUACGUAAAGUGAGGAGGAAACUUAGUGAAUAACAAGCUAUCUUUCUUUCACGUAAAGUCACCACUACAUCUUUUUGUGCGUCGACCAGUCACACAGAAACUAGACGACAACUAGCUUUUCAUCUUUUCUCUGUUGUUCCUCUGCUUUGUUUACUAAAAAUCAAACAUUUACAAGUCAUUACACAAAAGGGAUAUAAAGGUUUAAUGUAUUGUACAGUGCUUAUUAGUAUCCAAAAAAAGUUGUCACAAAAAAUUAAAAAAUAUUCGACCAUCUUAUAAGAAUCCCUCUCCCUCUAUCUCUCUAUACCAUCAAGCACGCAAACUCGUAUCCGUAACACUGUUAGGGUUAAAGAAGUGUCGAUCUUACUUGUUCAGCAAGCCUUACAGAGAUAUCUUGAUUAGAAGCAGCCAUGGCAAUUUUUCUUUCUUUGUUUCUUAUCUUCUCCAUGGUUACUUAUUCAAACGCUGCGAUUUGUGUGUGUAAGGACGGAGACGAGCAAGCGCUUCAGAAGGUAAUAGACUACGCGUGUGGAUCAGGUGCUGACUGUUCGCAGAUUGAGCAAAAUGGUCCUUGUUUCCAACCGAACACCGUUAAAAACCACUGUGAUGUCGCCGUUAACAGCUUUUAUCAGAAGAAAGCUUCUACUGGUGCAACGUGUGACUUCAACGGCGCCGCCGUAGUCUCCACUUCCCCUCCUUCAAAUGCUUCUAGUUGUUUACCUAGUUCCGGCUCCACUAGUACUCCGACCACUGGAACUCCAUCCACCGGAAAUCUAACCACCGGAACUCCAUCUACCGGAACUCCAUCCACCGGAAAUUCAACCUUUGGAAUGCCAACCAAUCCCACCACUGGAGUGCCGACUUCAUCUGUAUUCCCUGGAACUAGUAUGGGACCCUCCGGGAGCACCGGUUUCGAUCCAAGCGGUGGAGAGAAACACUAUGUCCAAACCACGACCGUCAUUGUCCUAACCACCAUUGCGGCUGUGGCUUUGCGAUUUUAGGUGUGAGAUCAUCUCAGACUAAUUAAGGGUUUUACUUGCUAUAGACGGUUGAGAUUUUGCCAACGGUGUGUUUUACGUAGGUGAAAUGCUAGAGCUGUCUCUUUUUCUUCCCACUUUAUUUUCUCUUUUUGGUUUGUUAUAAAACUCUUUUUAGGGUUUGGAAUUACUUCUUUAGUAUUUUGUUAUAUAUAAAGUUAAAAAUCAAUAAAGAGCUUUACUUGCUUUUUUUC